CACAUUGUUAUUAUUUUGUCCAGCCGCUGUGUGGCGCACUUCCGAAUCAAAACAACGACUGGAGCGACGAGAAGGGAGCGAGCGGCCCUUAGGCUGAGCUUUUCUGAAAUUCGGGCAAAAGAGGCAUCGAAUAAUAAAAUGACCAGAGGAAACCAGCGUGAGCUUGCACGCCAAAAGCAUGCUAAAAAGCAGUCUGAACACUCCAAAGGAAAGAGGGGUGACGACGGGCUGUCAGCUGCCGCCCGGAAGCAGAGGGAUGCAGAAAUAAUGCAGCAGAAGCAGAAAAAGGCAGAUGACUCUGGAAAAGGAAGCACAAAGUCAAAAUAAAGGAUCACGUCUGAGAUUAGUGUAACUCGGCGUGAGGAGAACGUCCCGUCUUCAACAUUCUUCCUGAUGUUUGAGAAUGGAUCGUGGUCACUUUUGUCUCAACUCAAGAAUCUAGCACUCUGCAUUCUUCCCUGUGACAAAUGACAUUAAUUGUUGUUCUACUCAAUGAAAUUAGCAGUGUCCUACAUUGAUGCAGCAUUGGAGUAUUGGGCAGGAGAGUCAUGAACAAUUCUCGACACAAAGCAACAGCGUAACAAUUGUGUAUUUUUGUACAAAAAUGUUCCCUGCUGGUUUCAAAUAAAGUGUAUCUUUUUAGUUCA